UCUACAGUUAAACGUUUUCACGUAUACUCUAUUUCUAAGUCUAACUGAUAAUACGCUUUUGUAAGACCUCGUACUCUUGGUUUGUUUACAUUUCAAGUAAUGUCCUUUAAAUUUAAGAACAGCUGACAGAAAUCGAAAAACGACGUUCAAAUUCUGAUGUGGUAUAUUGUAAAUACAGUGCUUGUGCCAUUCCUAUCGUACGCGAGACAUUGGCUACAGUUACAUGAUUAAUACAAAGUCAUGAGCAUCCUCGUGAAAAUUAUAGAAAUUUAAGCUCAAGUUAGAAAGAAAGAUUGGCCUUUGAGUUAAAGUUCCGGAUAACACGCGUUCUCAGAAAAGCUGUUCCAAUCAUGACAGAAGUAAGCAUACAAGAUUUAGAGGAACUUCUCGGAUACUUCUCGACCAACACGACGUACGAAGCCAAGAAUGCAGACAUCACGUGUAAAGCGAUCAUGCAAAAAUGUCUGCUGCUCACUGAUCUAGAUUAUACUCACUCCGUAAUAAAUAACAGUGAAGGCGAUCUUAGUGCAUCCUAUCCUAGCCAUCUGAUCAUUUUAAAAUACAAGAAGUUCAAUCUGUGUGACACGCUGCUGCCACUGCCAGAGAUCAUAGACGAAAGCAUGUAUGACUUUAACGAAUUGAAGGAAUUGAUAAACACUGCAAAAUAUGCCAGGUGUCGUACAAGAUUUCCACUGCCGGUUAUAUUAUACAAAGGUAGACACGUCUGCAGAUCGGCCACAGUGUCCGGUGGAGUAGAAAUGUACGGCAGAUCUGUGAUAGAGUACUUGUACGCCCUUUUCGGUAGCAAAGGGACAGUUUCUGUUGAGCAAGAAGUAGACGAGGCUCGUGGAGAUGAUUCUGUAUCUAACGAGUCCUCAUUGUAUGAUAAAGUCAGGCAGCAAGAUAUCAAGCUUCUGAAAACGUUUAAUGUAGGAACCAUAAUAGAUUUUAUGGUCGAGAAGAAGAAGGUCAAAUGUAAUAUCAACGUGACGUCCUCGGAGAAAGUAGACAAGCUGAACAGAUACUCCGACUUCAUCCUAAUUUCACUGCCGUAUCCUGGAUGUGAAUUCUUUAGGGAGUUUCGAGGAAACAACUUCUUGGCCGAAGGUUUGAUGUUCGACUGGUCUCAGCCUUACGUGGAUGCAGAAAUUAAUGUGCCGGAGGAUUCGAUCUCGAGUCAGUUACGAAUCAAUUGGGAUCAAUAUCAAGGAUGGGAUCUACUUAAAUUGACUCAAAAUUAUUUGAAACUUAUAUUAAGAUAUUUGAGCGAUAGUAGUAACGGGAUAUUGAUUCAUUGUAUCUCAGGAUGGGAUCGCACACCCCUGUUUAUCUCGUUAUUGAGAAUCAGCUUAUGGGCUGACGGUGCAAUUCACACAUCGCUAAACGUGUAUCAAAUUCUCUACUACACCAUAGCGUAUGACUGGAUGUUAUUCGGCCACGAUUUAAAAGACAGACUGAGCAAAGGGGAAGAUAUAUUUUUCUUUUGUUUCUAUUUUCUAAAGCAUAUUUACAACGAAGAGUUUAGCAUUCAUUCGCUGCGUAAUGACAGCGAUUCACAAUUGGACAACGUGACGUUUGUGACGUCGAGAGUGAUACCGUGUUCGGUCAGUGACAAUUUAAACCCGAAUAGUUCUCCUAGUUCUGUUAGUAAAAGUAGCAGAGAUAGUCUAGAUAAUAAUCCACCAGCGUUGUUUCACUGUGAUUCCACAGAAACUAUUCAAGACGAUUGUCACGGUAACGAGAACGUGGUACCAAGGUCAUCUUAUCUUUCGCCGAAGAAAAGAGUCGCUUCUGGAUCGUUAUCGCCCUUAUCGCCGAAUCGGACUUCGCUUGUCGCUUCUGGAUCGCGAUCGCCCUUAUCGCCGAAUCGGAAUUCGCCUGUCGCUUUUGGAUCGCGAUCGGUCUUAUCGCCGAAUCGGACUUCGCCUAUCGCGAUUCCCGGACAACAACAAGCCGAGUCUUUAUCGUCCGGCGGCGGUUCUUGGCAGAUGAUAUCUGGAACCGGGAGCCUUCACGGUUCCACGACCGUUAAUGCACCGCUCACCGAUGGACUGACGAAUAGUUUAGGUUGUAAACCACUUUCUGAAACAUCCCCGGGACACACGCCUCUAGAAUCGAGCAUAACGAUCAUCAAAGACGAAGCAUGUUGUUGGAUGACACAAUCACGCAGAGAAAAGUUAGAAUGUUUGAGAAAUAUAUUUUAUAAAGUUUAUAGUCACACCGUGGGUUUCAAAUAACAGACAAUUCUGAGACGAAUAUCGCGGGCCAGUUUUUCAGCAAUGUCGCGGAGACAGUAGGGAUUCUUUCCAUUCAACGCACAUCCUUGUGACUGUAAUGCAUCGUUUACUUUUACUCUGCCACCUUUUCCCUUGGCUCCGUGAUUAUUAGUUUAUUGUUAUCGAUUACUCGACUCAAUUGAGAAUUUUAUAAAAACGCUAUACAACAUGUGAAAAUAAAACAAUUGUACAUCAUCGUUUAUGCGAAUAAUGCAUUGUUAUACAAGAUGAUAGCGUGUAUA